AUGAAAGAUGAGUUGCUUCUUCGACACCCUCCCUCCCUGGCACGGGUGACGGUGCAUGCGCCGGCGCCGCAACGGAAGUUUGCUUUGCUCGCGGGCUUCGUGGCUCUCCAUGGGCUUGCACUGCAAUUUUGCAUACAGACGUCCGGGCAGGCUCAUCAGGCAGCUCUUGAGCGAGUCCGCAAGCUCAACAGGGAACAUUUCCUCAAUGGGACGAAGGAAGAGGACAAGAUUCCACAAGAGCAGCUGCCUUCAGAAUGGGCCCCAAACCCGUGGGCGAGCGCAUCGCUCUUUGCGACGAUCUCCCUGCAUGUCUUUUUCCAUCUUGUCUGCCAUUGGAAGGUCAGUUUCCGAGCCUCCAUGUUGUUCCAACCUGCUCGCAACGUUCGGGAAGGUUUCUAUGUCCAGGUCACUCCGCUGCCGCACCGUGGUCGGGCGGCUUUGGUGCCCUUGAAGUUUUGCGAGACGACCCUGCGCCUGACCUUCAUCUUCCAGCGCCAGCACUACGAGUGCCUAGAACCGGGCGACAACGGCACGGAUCCCGACGAUGAGGUCGGAGAGGUUCAGUUGACGCCAUGUCCGGUCUCGGAGCCGCUCUCCAAGUACCUGCAGGCGACUGGCGUAGGCAAUGAUGAUGCUGAGCAUCUGAAGAGUCGCUUUGGCGACAACCUGCUGGAGGUGGAGCUUCCCAGCUUCUUCCAGUGCUACAAGGAGCAGCUUUUGUCGCCUUUGGUCAUCUUCCAGGUCUUCGUGGCCCUCAUCUGGGCAGCUGACGAUUUCUUUGGCUACACAUUGAUGCAGUUACUGUUCAUUUUGACGAUGGAGUCCACAAGCGUUUUCCAGCGACUGAAGACGAUGAAGAUGCUCAACAGCAUGGGCACGAAAUCUUACGGCAUUAUGGUCUUCCGAGGGGGAUCUUGGGUCGAGAAGAGCACGUCCGAUCUGGUCCCCGGUGACCUCAUUGAGCUGGUGACGGUUGCUCGUCAAGAAGGGGCCGCUGACAAGGUUGCACCGGACAUCGUGCCUUGCGACUGCGUGCUAAUUCGGGGCGAGGCCGUUGCAAGCGAAGCCAGCCUGACUGGAGAGUCUGCGCCGCAAAUGAAGGAUGCAUUGGUUCUCGAGGACAGAAGCUUGGAUCUGCAAGGAACAGAUCGUGUCCACUGCUUGUUUUCAGGCACCCGUAUUGUACGUGCAUCCGAAGGAAGCAACAAAGAUGAUCUGGAUGCAGGUGGUGCUCCUGCAGCGUCACAGGUACCGGCAACUCCAAAUGGAGGCAGCUUGGUUUUUGUGGCUCGAACAGGAUUUGCAUCCUCGCAGGGCCAGCUUCUGCAGAUGAUCGAGUUCUCGCAGGACAAGGUCUCCGGAGAUACCAGGGAGGUAAUCAUUGCUUUGCUGAUCCUGCUGGGCUUUGCUCUCGUCGCUGCAGGCUACGUUCUGAAAGUCGGCUUGGAGAAGGGCGAUAAGACCCCGCACGAGCUGCUGAUCAAGUGCGUACUCAUCCUUACGGCUGUGGUGCCAAAGCAGCUGCCGAUCCAGACAGCCAUGGCGGUCAAUACGGCCCUGAUGGCCCUCUCUCGGACGGGAGUCUACUGCACUGAGCCGUAUCGAGUGCCUCUUGCGGGCAAGUUGACACAUUGCUUUUUCGACAAGACCGGCACUCUCACCACCGACACUUUGGUGCCUGUAGGUGUGGUAAAUGCCAGCAGCCAGCCUGAGAAGGACGGCCACCAACAUCCUCCGAAGGUGAAGGUAUCUGAUGCAGAUGCGGCAGCAGCACUUGUACUGGCGGCUUGUCACUCCCUGGUCCACGUCGAUGGCAAGCUUUCAGGAGAUCCCAUUGAGGUCGCCGCUCUGCAGGGCGUUGGUUGGGCCUAUGAUUCACAGGAGGAAACUGCCAAGCCUGCGCAGAUUCCAGAUGGUGACGGCACCGAUGCCAGCAUCAGCAGUCGUGCUGGCAUCCACCGCGCGCGGAUUUUGCAGCGUUUCCACUUCGCUUCGCAGCUGCAGCGAAUGGCUGUGGUUGCAGAGGUCUCUGGUGCUGAUGGUACAGCCGUGAACCUCAGCGCGAAAGGUGGCGGCAACUAUGUCCUCGUCAAAGGGUCGCCAGAGGCCCUGAAGCCACUCCUGGCUGCAAAUGCUGCGCCGGGGUGGUACGACAGAUCUCACCUGGACUUAGCAGAGCGUGGUCUCCGGGUCCUCGCUCUGGCAUUCAGGCAGCUGCCGGCGGGGCAGGAAAAGUUGACACGCGAGGAGGCAGAGCGGGAGCUCGAGUUUGCGGGCUUCAUCGCCUUCGAGUGCCUCGUCCGGAAGGACUCUGGGCUGGUCGUGGGAGCUCUUCAGGAGUCUGACCACAAGGUCAUUAUGGUGACCGGCGACUCACCACUGACGGCGCUUCACAUCGCGCGGACUUGCGGCAUCUCCCAUCCGCAUCUGCCUGGACUGCUCCUGUCACUGCAGGCCGGAAGCGCAUCUCCCGCAUGGGCUGUGGCCACAGGCGAUCGCUGUGGUGAUUCCAUCCCGCUCACGGUUGACGGGAUCACAAAGCUGGCGAACGAGUACGCCCUCAUGGCGACAGGAGAGGCGUUGGACGCGGCCGUUGCCAUGGAGCCUGCCCUUUGGGCAAAGAUUGAUGAGAUUCGAGUCUUCGCCAGAAUGACACCGCAGGGAAAGGCCAAGAUCAUCGAAGAGUUGCAGAAACAGUCAAGGCACGUACUGAUGUGCGGAGACGGCGGCAACGACGUGGGAGCACUUAAGCAGGCGGAUGCUGGUUUGGCGCUGCUGGCUGGCUAUGGCAAUGUGAAUACUGCAGACACCAAUGACAUCGACAGUCCGUCUGAUGCAAAUACCGUAUGCGACAAGAAGGCCGAGGAAGCCUUGAAUCAGCAAGACGCGGAAAUUGCGAAACGAAACAGACGAGCUGCCAAGGACAGGCAAGCCUUCUUGUGGGAGAAACAGAAGGAGCUUUCGAAUCACCAAAAGGAGUGGCUCGAAGAGGAGAUGCAGGCACGUGCAAAAAACGGUGAUACUGGCGUUCUCGCACAGAUGGGAGCGAUGAAGUCAUCCAUGGGACGCUACACGGAAGAGCUGAAGAAGGUCAUGAAGGAAUAUGACAAGACUCACGGCAACGUUUACGAUCCGACCGAAAAGGAGAAACAGAAGCAGAAUCCUACUGCUGCUUUGGAGGAAGCUUCUGGUGGACUGCCUAUGGUCAGGCCU